AUGGCCACCACCUCAUUAUUUCCAACUCCAGUUCCUAGACGAAAAUAUCCUGUAGAAUUUAAAGCUGGAAUUCUUAAACGUGAUGGUGAAACUAACUGGUUAAAGCCAGAUGAGAGAAAAGGAUUAAUUUAUAUGGAUCAGACUGAAGAUGGAUUGAUGCAUUUUUAUUGGAAAGAUAGAAAGUCCACAAAUGCGGAAACAGAUUUGAUAAUUUUUCAGGAUGAAGCAGAAUUUAUCCGAGUCGAGCAAUGUACAACUGAUUUGACUAGUUUUGGAAUGGAUCAAGAACAAUUGUUUCAAUUACUUCAAAGUCACGGAACUUCUACAAAUACACCUGCUAGUGAACCGCUAUCAGCCACUACUGGUACAACUGAAACAGGUGCCGGAAGAUCAAGUACCGCUACCAAUACAGGUGCAAGCACUACGAGAACUGCUGCUGCUAUUGCUGAUUCAUCAGCUUUUUCAGAGGAACAAUUGGGUAGCUUGCGAGAUAUUUUGGCUAAUAUACAGGUUCCACAAGAUGAAAGUGGCGAAAAUAGAAGUCGAGAUAUCAGUCUCGCAGAUGUUCUUAAGCCUGAUGCUCUUAGACCAAUAUUUAGUAAUCCUGAAAUAGCAUCAGCUGUGUUUCCUCAUCUUCCUCCAAAUAUUGAUCCAACAACCGAGGAAUUAAUGGAAGUGAUUCAUAGUCCACAAUUUCAUCAGUCACUAGCAUCAUUAACUUAUGCUUUGCAGUCUGGUCAAUUGGGCCCUCUCUUAUCUCAACUUGGUAUAGAUCCUGCUAGUAACAGCGUCGAAUCAUUCCUUCGCGCUAUUGAAGAACAAGCCAGAAGAGAAGAACGACACGACGAUGGUAAUCUUGACGAUCAAAAUCCUGACAGAAUGGAUGAAGAUUAA